UUCGGAUUUAUUUGUCGACAAUUCUAAAUUAUUUGCUUACUCGUCAUCUUAAAGCACGAAUGUCUCGAGUGUCCCGGUGCAUACAAUUGCCUUCGAUAUAUUCCGUUCUGUCUUCCAAAUUCAUUUUUGAAUAUCAACUUUAUCGACCGGCGGUAGAUUCCAUCCAACGAUCUGUAACUAAUCUGCAGCAGGGCAAACCUGCACAACCUGCCGUCUGCGAGAGGCUCGUCACGUAAACAGAAACACCGCUACAUAAUUAUAUUAAUAAGCAGUUAUUAAUAGUAUUCCGCAUGAAUUAGCGUAUAUUUACGUGUACAAUAUAUCGUAUUGUACGCGACUGACUGUGCCCUCGGGUCAAAGUUCAAAAGUCCGCGUUUGCGACAGUUCCGUAGGUCGAACGUCAAGCGAGAAACGGUGCGAGGAAACAAUGGCAAUGCAGUGCAUGAGAUUACUUGCGAGUAACGUGCCCAGAACUGCAGCUUGCAAUGCCAGCCGACACAUUGCCUCGCUUUCCAUGCUGCCAGACACGCAUCAGAUGUUGUACAAAACGUGCAGGGACUUCGCCGAGGCGGAAUUGAAGCCUGUCGCGGCGGAGAUCGAUAGGAAGCACCUUUUCCCGAAGGAGCAAGUCAAGAAGAUGGGCGAGUUGGGUCUCAUGGGUCUGUGCAUUCCUGAAUCGCUUGGCGGAGCGGGGCUGGACUACCUGGCGUACGCUAUCGCCAUGGAGGAGAUCUCCAGAGGUUGCGCGAGCGCCGGAGUUGUAAUGAGCGUGCAAAAUUCCCUCUACCUGGGCCCGCUGGACGCGUUCGCGACCGACAAGCAGAAGGAAAAGUACAUCGUUCCCUUCCUGAGCGGCGAGAGGAUCGGCUGCUUCGCCCUCAGCGAGCCGGGCAACGGAUCUGACGCCGGCGCGGCGUCCACCACCGCCAAGUCGGACGGUAGCGUUUACACGAUUAACGGCACCAAGUCGUGGAUAACGAACGGCUUCGAGGCCAGCGGGAUAGUUCUCUUCGCGACGACCGACAAGUCCAAGAAGCACAAAGGUAUAAGCGCCAUCAUAGUGGACAGUCCGACGGCGGGCCUGAGCCUGGGCAAGAAGGAGGACAAGCUGGGUAUACGAGGCAGCAGCACUUGCUCCUUGAUCUUCGAGGACUGUCAAGUGCCACGAGAUAACACCCUAGGCGAACCAGGAAUGGGUUUUAAGAUCGCUAUGAUGACUCUAGAUGGUGGCAGAAUAGGAAUCGCCGGACAAGCAUUGGGCAUAGCACAAGCAUCCUUGGACUGCGCGAUGGAUUACGCAACCAAGCGCCAAGCCUUCGGCCAGUCGAUCAUCAAGCUGCAGACGAUCCAACAAAAAAUCGCUGACAUGGCUUUGAGACUGGAAAGUGCAAGAUUGUUGACGUGGCGAGCCGCGCAGCUUAAGGAUAACGGUAAACCGUACACGAAGGAAGCCGCUAUGGCCAAACUGUCGGCAUCGGAGACCGCCACAUUCUGCGCUCAUCAGUGCUUACAGAUUCUGGGAGGGAUGGGAUACGUGUCGGAUAUGCCGGCGGAACGUUAUUACAGGGAUGCGCGUAUCACGGAAAUCUACGAAGGCACGUCGGAGAUCCAGAAACUUGUGAUCGCCGCGAAUCUCAUCAAAGAAUACGGUCUCAAUUGAGAUCACACCGAUUCACGCACGUAAGAUAUAAUCCUUCCGUAUCUUUCAUAUCCCAAGAAACAGUAAAAUAUAUAUAUAUUUUUUGUUAUAUGUAUUGCAUCUAAUAUUAGACUUUGUAUAUAUAUAUA